AUGAUAAGAUUCACAUCCAGAUUCAGGUUCGGAGCUAGAGCUAACCCAUACAUUAAGGCUUAGAAAACACUCAAGGUUGACGGAAAAGAGUAUAAGUUCUUCAGUUUACCAGCUUUGGGGGAUUCUAAAUUAAAUCAUUUACCAUAUUCGAUCAGAGUGUUGUUGGAAUCAGCAGUGCGUAAUUGUGAUGAGUUUGCAGUGACAUCAAAGGAUGUUUAGAAUAUCUUGAAUUGGGAGACAAAUGCUCCAAAAUAGAUAGAGAUUCCAUUCAAGCCAGCACGUGUCAUCUUGCAAGAUUUUACAGGAGUACCAGCCGUAGUAGAUUUGGCUGCAAUGAGAGAUGCAAUGAAGAGACUAGGUGGAGACCCUUAAAAGAUUAAUCCAUUAUGCCCAGUUGACUUGGUGAUUGAUCACUCAGUUCAAGCAGAUGUAUCAAGAGUACCAAGAGCAUAUGAAGAGAAUGAGAAAAUUGAAUUCAGUCGUAACUAUGAGCGUUUUGAAUUCUUGAAAUGGGGAUCAACAGCCUUCAAGAACUUCUUGAUUGUUCCACCUGGAUCAGGAAUUGUUCAUUAAGUUAACUUGGAAUAUUUGGCAAGAGUUGUCAUGGAAGAAUAAGGAUAUUUAUUCCCAGACUCAGUCGUAGGAACAGAUUCACACACCACAAUGAUUAACGGUUUAGGAGUGACAGGAUGGGGAGUUGGUGGAAUUGAAGCUGAAGCUGUUAUGCUUGGAUAAACAAUAUCAAUGGUCUUACCCGAAGUCGUUGGUUUCAGAUUACAUGGAAAAUUACCAGCAAAUGUCACAGCCACAGAUCUAGUCCUUACAUGCACAUAAAUGUUAAGAAAGAGAGGUGUCGUUGGUAAAUUCGUAGAAUUCUUUGGACCAGGAGUUGAAACCUUGUCUCUUGCUGAUAGAGCUACCAUCGCCAACAUGGCUCCAGAAUAUGGUGCCACCAUGGGAUACUUCCCAAUUGAUCACAAGACUAUUGAUUAUUUGAACUUAACAGGUAGACCAGAAAGCAAAGUUAGACAAAUUGAAACUUAUCUCAGAGAAUAAGGUUUGUUCCGUGAUUACAAGAGUGGAAAUGAUCCCCACUUCUCUGGUGAUGUUUUAGAUUUGGAUCUUGCCUCAGUCUAACCAUCACUCUCAGGACCAAAAAGACCUCAUGAUAGAAAAGAUUGGGCUUCUUGUCUCAACAAUAAGGUUGGAUUCAAAGGAUUUGGAAUUCCUUAAGAAAAAUAAACAGAUGUUGCAGAAUUCACAUAUCAAGGAUAGAAAUAUUCUCUGUAACAUGGAAGUGUUGUUAUUGCUGCUAUUACAUCAUGCACAAAUACAAGUAAUCCAGAAAGUAUGAUUGGUGCUGGUCUCUUGGCUAAGAAUGCUGUUGAAAAGGGAUUGAAAGUUAAGCCAUACAUCAAAACCACUCUCUCUCCAGGAUCCAAUGUUGUUACUAAAUAUUUCGAGGAAUCUGGUGUCAGCAAAUAUCUUGAUUAAUUGGGUUUCACAACUGCUGGUUAUGGAUGUAUGACUUGCAUUGGUAACACUGGAGAAUUAGAUAACGAAGUUGCAGAAGCCAUUAAAAACAAGGAUUUAGUUGCUGCAGCUGUCCUCUCAGGAAAUCGUAACUUUGAAGCUAGAAUCCACUAAUAAGUCAGAGCCAAUUAUCUUGCAUCUCCACCAUUGGUUGUUGCUUAUGCAUUAGCUGGUACUGUCAACAUUGAUUUUGAUACAACACCAAUUGGAACUGAUAAAAAUGGAAAACCAGUAUUUUUGAAAGAUAUCUGGCCAAGCAGAGAAUAAUGUGGUAAGGCUGUUGAAUAAGCACUCAAACCAUAAAUGUUCAGAGAUAUCUACUCAAGAAUCGCAUAAGGAACUGAAAGAUGGAAUCAAUUGAAAGUCAACAAGACAGAUCUUUAUUAAUGGAAACCAGAAUCCACUUAUAUUCACAAUCCACCAUUCUUCUAAACCACAGAAUUGAAUCCAAAAUAAGUCUAACCAAUUAAGAAUGCUUAUUGUCUUUUGAAUUUGGGUGAUUUCAUCACAACUGAUCACAUCUCACCAGCUGGUUCUAUUUCUGAAAACUCCCCUGCUGGACGUUAUCUUAAAAGCAAAGGUGUUGCCAAAAAGGAUUUCAACACUUAUGGUGCCAGAAGAGGAAAUGAUGAAAUUAUGGCCAGAGGUACCUUUGCUAACACUCGUAUCAUCAACAAGUUGGUCAGUAAGGUUGGACCUUAAACUGUCUAUGUCCCAACAGGAGAUGUAAUGGAUGUCUUCGAUGCAGCUGAUAAACACAUGAAAGAAGGAAAUCAAACUAUUGUUUUGGCUGGUCAAGAGUAUGGUUCAGGAAGUAGCAGAGAUUGGGCAGCAAAAGGACCAUAUUUGUAAGGUGUUAAAUGUGUCAUUGCAUAAUCAUUUGAGAGAAUCCACAGAUCCAAUUUAGUUGGAAUGGGUAUCUUACCACUUGAAUUCUUAAAGGGAGAAAGUGCUGACACUCUUGGAUUAACUGGAAAAGAAUAAUUCACUAUCAAUGUCAAUGAAAGCAAUUUAACUCUUGGUUAAACAUACACUGUUGAAACAUCAACUGGCAAGAAAUUCUAGGCUAAAUCCAGAUUAGACACUGAGGUAGAAAUUGAAUAUUACAAACAUGGAGGAAUCUUGUAAUAUGUUUUAAGAAAACUUGUUAAAGCAUGAUAUAUAUAGCAUUCAAAUAAUAUAAAAUACAUUC